UUGAGCUGUGACGUACUUCCUCCCGUUCCAAGUUUCUCCCUGUUCUCUGUCGCUUCUCGGCUUCAUUUCCAGCUCAAAUUCACCCUAAAGCAUUCCGUUUCAGCUUUCUGUUCGCGCUUUUCGUCUUGUUUGACGCAGUUAGCUCCGCCGUUAGCUCCACAGUUAGCCGUUAGCUCCGCCGUUAGCCAUUAGCUCCAGCGUUAGCUCCGCCGUUAGCCACCAUUCCCCUCAGAGAAGCAGCCACAUCGUCGACAUUUCAGGCAUGGAUCAGUCAGGAGUCGCAGCUCAAACGCAGAAGAGUCCGUGGGGCCCGGCGGGCCCGGCGGCGCCGGCCUGCCCGCUGACGGAGGUGAUGAGCGAACAGCUGGCCCGGCAGCUGGAGGAGGAGAACGCUGCCUUCCCGUCGCUGACCGACCCGGCGGCGGACCUGCUGCUGGCGGAGGACGGCGCCGACACCACCAGCGACCUGAUGCUGGCCCAGAUGCUGCAGAUGCAGUUCGACCGCGAGUUCGACGACCAGCUGCGCCGGGAGGAGAAGAAGUUCAACGGAGACAGCAAAGUGUCCAUCUCCUUUGAGAACUACCGCAUGGUCCAUCCCUACGAGGACAGCGACAGCUCUGAGGACGAGGUGGACUGGCAGGACACCAGACACGACCCCUACAGAGCCGACAAACCUCAGGCGGCUCCCAGGAGAGGCUUCAGCGGGAAGGGGAAGAACAUCACCACCAAACACGACGAGGACGCCUGCGGCCGCAAGAACACGGCCCGCAUGGACAACUUCGCCCCAGAGGUCCAGGUGGGGGACGGACUGGGCCUGAAGUUGUCCAACCAGGUGUUCAACGCUCUGAAGCAGCAUUGCUACAGCGAGCAGCGCCGCAGCGCCCGGCUGCACGACAAGAAGGAGCACUCCACCGCCGAACAGGCCGUGGACCCGCGGACCCGCCUGCUCAUGUACAAGAUGGUGAACGCCGGGGUUCUGGAGAACAUCAACGGCUGCAUCAGCACCGGGAAAGAGUCGGUGGUGUUCCACGCAGACGGAGGGAGGAUGGAGGAGCAGCCCGUCCCAGAGGAGGUGGUUCUGAAGGUCUUCAAAACCACGCUGAACGAGUUCAAGAACCGGGACCGCUACAUCAAAGACGACUACCGCUUCAAGGACCGCUUCAGCAAACUCAACCCCAGGAAGGUGAUCCGGCUGUGGGCCGAGAAGGAGAUGCACAACCUGAGCAGGAUGAAGAAGGCGGGGAUCCCCUGUCCAGACGUGGUUCUGCUGAAGAAGCACAUCCUGGUGAUGUCAUUCAUCGGGAAGCAGAGCGUUCCCGCUCCAAAGCUCAAAGACGUCUCUCUGGGCGCCGAGGAGAUGACGGAGGCGUACCACCAGGUGCUGCAGAUGAUGCAGCAGCUCUACCAGGACUGCAACCUGGUCCAUGCGGACCUGAGUGAAUACAACAUGCUGUGGCACCAGGGCAAGGUGUGGCUGAUAGACGUCAGCCAGUCGGUGGAGCCCACCCAUCCCCACGGCCUGGAGUUCCUCUUCAGAGACUGCAGGAACGUUUCCACGUUCUUCCAGAAGAGGGGCGUGAGCGAGGCCAUGAGCGUCUACCACCUGUUCAACGCCGUGAGUGGGCUGGACGUCCCGGUGGGCGCUGAGGACGAGGCGCUGUUCAUGGCUGAGAUCGUGGCCUUGGAGAAGAGGAACGAGGACCACGUCCAGAAGCGAGGGAGGAAGACGUUCCCGGCGGCCUCUGAGGACGGCGGUCCUCCUCUAGAACCCGACUCUGACGACUAACGCCGCCCCCCCCGCCGACUCGCUUCGAUCCGCUGUGUCACAAACGCUGUAAGGAGGACAUGAACCAGAGGAGGCGCCGGUUCCCGUCCUCCCAACAGACCCCACCCGCCGGGUGGAGCGCCACCUCCUGGCCGCCAGAGGGAGGACGUCCAAGAGGCCUGGAGCGCGGCGUCUUCCUGCUUUAUCGCUGUUUGAUGUGAAAAUUGAAGCGUGUGAAGUUUCACUGAUGAGUUUAGAUCAUUACGCCAAUCAGAGGAAGUUAAAGUCAGCAGAGCUGCUAUCGCCGCUCCAAACUGAGCAGCAGCUUUUCAUCACUUUGAUUUUUUAAGGUCGUAGUCGGACCUCCCACCACCACAAAUGAACCCGAUCAGCUCCUGGAAGCCUUCCUGCUUUUACUCCGUGUGUCGUUGUUGUGAUUUUUAUCAGGUGGGAUGAAGUAGAAAUAUUAGGAUUCAUCGCUGAAUGUAGAAACCUGGAUGUUUGCUGUGAGAAGAUAAAUAUAAAUGAGUUUCAUGACUUAAAACCAUGUUUCUGAGCAGGAAAACAAUAAAGAGCUGGAAACUUU